GGAUUUUGUUCUGAGAUUUUUUAUGCUUUUUUGGGUUGCAGGGUCUCCUAAAAUGGAUUGUCAAUAACAUUAUUUUUAGUAAUCCACUGUCUCUCUAAUCAGAUGGAUUCUAAAGAGGCUGUUGCUGAAGUUUCACGUGUACCUAUACAAGAAUAUGUCCAUGAAUAUAAUGGAAAUACAAAUAAAAAUCCUGCGAAACGUUCGAAGCGUAAACAAACAUUUGGGGCUAACAAUCUGCCUGAAAUAGAUGAAGUCUGUGUGGAUUUUAGUGAGGCUGUUGCUGAAAUUUCACGUGAACCUAUAAAGGAAUGUGUCCAAGAAUGUAUUGGAAAUACAAAUAGGCCUACAAAUAUAAAACCUGCAAAACGUUCGAAGAGUAAACAAACAUUUGGAGCUAACAAUCUACCUGAAAAAGAUGAAGUCUGUGUUAUUUUAAAUGAUAUGGAUUCUGAUGAGGAUGUUGCUGAAGUUCUACAAGAAGGUAUUGGAAACACAAGUACAAAACCUGCGAAACUUUCGAAGCGUAAACAAACAUUUGGAGCUAAAAAUCUGUCUGAAAUAGAUGCUGAUGAUAAUAUAAUAAGCGAAAGUGUUGAAAUGAUUGAUCAGACUAUUGGUGUUAAAAAUAUUCCUAACUCAGACGAUAAUGAAAUAAGCGAAAAUAUUGAAUUGAAGAGACGUGUUCCACUAUCCCGGAUAAUCCUAAACGCUCGAAAAGGUGUUGGAAAGCCACAGCGAAGAACAGAAAAAAGUUUUGAGUCAUCUGAGAGCAGACACACAUUGAGAUUAAAUGACGAAUUGUUCACUCCCGAAGAACUUGCUUGCUUAGAAAAUGCUGGGAUUCCGCAUCCAAUUACGACUGAGCGAUUAGUAUCUAUUACAGAAGCAAUUUACAAAGAAUAUCAUUCCGAAAUCGUCGUCUGUGCUGUUUGUGAUGAAAUGUUUAGUUAUUCAGAAACCAAACUUCUCAGUGCAGAGGAUCUUCCUAACGGUUUUUUCAGUGUUUUACGUAAACCUUCUGGAUCGCCUAAUGAAGUCCCAGCUUUACAUCCACUUCUUCUACAGCAAUAUGAUGUUAGUCAUUACUUUCCAGCUGAUCCACGGUUCCAGGGAGUAUUAAUAUCACCUCGAGGUCUGGAAAUUCACCGCAAAAACUGCUUAGUGAAAAAUCAGAACUGUUGUGAAUGUCAACUUUACAUUUGCGUUACUAACGGAUGUUUAACAGCCCUUCAACACAACAAGAUCCCCAAGUUUGCGAUUGCUCAUGGCAACUAUAUUGGUCAACUUCCGGAAGCGAUACGAGAAAUGACAUUUGCCUCUAGAUCCUUAAUUCGGCCAAUAACUUCAUUCGGUCGAAUGGCUUGUUACUCUGAUACUAGUGGAACGCGGCUAACAGGUCAUGUUUAUUCAAACCGUCUAAAUACAGCCCUAGUAAGGCAGAAGCUUCCGAUGGCCCCUGCAACUACAGCAAUUCGGGUAUUGAUCGUUUCCCCAAUGGCUUCCGACCAAACAGCUGUAUCAAGAGGGAAGAUGGCAUCAGUGAAGUCCGAUUAUAUUAUUGAACCCGAAAAGAUUGCUAGUUCUUUACGCUUUUUCCGAGAUGUUGGUAACAAAGUCAUGAAAAACGUUGAAAUAGAUCAAGAUGCAAUCAACAAUUUGCCUUCUGAUAAAACAUCAGUGGACAUGCUAUUUACGACAGAACAGGAAACUGAAGAUUCUCAUCAAGAUCCUGAUUUAGUUCAAUCAGUUGAAUUCGACAACGGUACAGGUGGACCUUCUCUGUCUAGAUCAAAUGAAGAAUUUCUUGACGGGGUUUUUGAAUCCGCAACUGUUACAAUUGGAACUGUAGAACCGGAAGAGAUCAACGAUCAUGGGAAAAUAGCUCGUGUAUUACACACGAUACUUGACGAAGGCACAUCUUCAAAUGAGGUGACUAGCAAAGAUGAUCUGGGAACGAAUAAAAGUUCGUCUACUUAUGUUGUUCGCCCAGAAAAGGAAUUCAUGUCGGAUUCCAACCCUGAUUACCUUGAGCUCCAUUAUCCGGAUUUAUUCCCAUUUGGAUGUGGUGGAUUCGGAGAGCAACGGAAGAAUCCAAUUUCGAGAAAAGCAUUAGUUCAGCACCUCCUUAAUUUAAGUUCAAGACAAUUCCAGCAAGUGGAUUUUGUUUUACCCAUUUACGACAUGGUGACACGCCAGCAAGUGUCCAAUAUGGCGUAUGUACGUUCCAUUCUUCCUUCUCGAUUGUCAGGAUCAGAGAGGGGCACUACAAAUUCCAAAGGAGAAGUGUAUGGACGAGUUUCGAUGGAAGAUUUGAGAGCUGCCCAUGGUUAUAAAGUUACCUGCGCCGAAGCAGCAAGUCAAGACUGCCGGUUUCCCUUGCCUCCAGCGAGUUUAAACGGAUUAGCAAUAGAUUUCUUCACGGACAUCGGAAUUUCUACGCAACCCAUGCAGCAUUCACAGGCAGCAGCAAAUCGAAAUCGCCAAAAGGUGUAUGCAGCACACAAUUCACUGGGAAAAGCUCAAAUAUGGUUUACCGUGAGUCCCGACGACACUCAAUCAUUCAAGAUCGUUGUGAACGCACUGGGAUCUCAAGCAGUUAAUUUCGAAAAUCCCGUUCCAACAGGGGAAAAGCGAUUCAAACUGUUGGCCAAACAUCCCGUUGCAGCUGCCCUUCAUUUUCAACGUAUUUUGAAGAUGGUUAUAAAAAAAGUCUUGGGUUGGAAUCGAAGCCAGCUAUUGCCAUACAGAUCGGGAGGUGUGUUUGGUGUUCCUAAAGGUUACCUGUAUCUCGUUGAAGAACAAUCGAGGCUCACACUGCACGCUCAUUUUCUUAUAUGGCUUUACGGCCAUGAGAAUAUAGAACGACAACUGCUCCGCGCGUCUAGACUGGACGAAGAAGAACGCAAAGCGAAUGAUGUAUCCCACAACAUGCACGAAUUAUUCCAGAGAACUGUUGGUGCGAAUGACGAAGACCACUUGACCCACCUUGCCAAAGUAUUGCAAUUGUUGGCCAAAAAUAUUGAAAGCUUUUCAACUGGCGAGCUACGGCUACCUGAAACGGAAAUGGCGUUGAUAACGAAAUGCCCAGUGUACAAUUGUCCUGGGGAAUUAGAAUUAGCCAGUAGCGCCGCUCAAGACAUGUUAAGAAGCCGUCCAAAAAACAUCGACAUUGAACCGCAUGGUUUAAAGUGUCCAAUCUGCCAAGUUACCUACACUGUAACCAGUCGCAUAGACGCUGCACUUCAAAGUGGAUACAGAAGGUGUUUUGGAAAAGAGCAAUUGACGAAAAAAGAAGUUAUUGAUUUAAUCUGGUUGGGCAUGCCACUGCAACCCAACGCAGAAGACGUUAACGCUUUCGAUCGGUGGCUGUUACAUUUCGCUUCGAUUCAAGUGCUCGUGAACAUGCAUGACUGGAAGCAUCGCAGCAGUUGUUUUAAGAACGGCAGACUGUUCUGUCGUUACAACACGCCUCACGACACAGUGCAAGAAACAAACGUCACUCCUGUUUAUGCAAAAUCUACGAAUCGGACGGAAGACGAGGAUCCGACUCUGUCAUCAGCGUCUAAAGAAAUCGUGUAUCUUAACAUCAGCCUGAAGAAACGUGCCGUUUUCAUGUUCAUGACUGAUUGUAAUCCAUCAGUGAUGGCUGUUUUGGGUUGUAACAACUGCACGCGUUACGUAGAGAAUCAGAAAAUCAGUCUUUACUAUGGCGCCUAUGCUUCCAAGUACAGUUCCGAAAACGGAAAGGCCUUAGCUGAACUUAUGCGUUCAUUAAAUGCAUAUGAAGAACGAAGACUUCUCAAAGAACAACAAGUAGCGGAUGAGAUUGAAAAGGAGGCUGAUCUGCAUGUCGUCUCAGACAACAAUCCUGCAAGAUCAGAUGCUUCCAUUGGAUUUGGACGUCUAAUGUCGGGAGCCCGGGCAGCAACAAACGGUGAAACUGUUGGAGCACCGGUGGCUGCAUUUUGUGCUCUAGGAAAUGACCUUUUUGAGAUGUCACAUGAAAUAGCUAUUCUUCCACUAACGCAAGCCAGGGCAUUCGUCCAAGGAGAACAGCUGACGGCUUCGAUUAACAAACACGGGACUGAUUGAAUGGAAUGAAUUAUUGGCAAUUUGUUGGUAGUCAGGAAACGUGCAAGCUGAAGUCGUUUUUCCAGGACGUCGAAGAAUCGGAUAUAUCAACAAUUUGCCUUCUGAUAAAACAUCAGUGGACAUGCUAUUUACGACAGAACAGGAAACUGAAGAUUCUCAUCAAGAUCCUGAUAGUUCAAAUUUCGCCAAUAGAUGGCUUUUUGGAAUUUUGAACUGCGCGCGUAGAAAUUGGAAAACGGUUUGAACUGCGCGCCUCGAAAAUGAAAAACAGUUUGAACUGCGCUCGUAGAAACUGGCAUCUAGGCUCUAGCGACCAAAAGUAAAAGUUAACUGGCAUCUAUCUAGGCUCUAGGCGGCUUAGAGGCUCCGCCACCCACACCCCAAGUCACACCCCAAUGUUUGACAUAACUUUUGAAUGUUUCGAUAUGUUUUAAUUGAUUUCGAUAUGUAUUAUUUUUUAUAAGUAUACGAUUUCAAGUAAAAAUAUCAAAAUAACUUAAACGAAAAACGAAGCGUAAGAGGGGGUGGGGGUUGGUGCAAGGGUU